AUGGCCUUCUACAACAGCAGCCAGGUGCAAGGGGAUGUGGAGCUUCACUCCUGCCAGGAGAACUGUCGGCUUUAUGCCGGAUACUCCGAAGCGAUCCAAAGACAUGACGGGGUUCCAAGCUCGGGUGUGAAGGGGCACGGAUCGUCCUUGUGGGUCACGGUCACGCCCGUGAACCAAGCAGAGACAGAGGCGGUGGAGGCUGCUCUUGAGGACCUCCUCAAUACGAGCAACUCCAGCAAUAGCACAGGGAUUGUGGCAACCGUUGUGGUCAACACCUCCCUGAACCAAGAGUUGCAGCUGACCCUCAUAGACCCCGCCGCUCUUGCGGCUGUGGCGAAUGAUACCAACUCGAGCAACAGCACCUUGGACAUCGUGUCGAGUGUGGGCACCGUGUCGAUUCCCCUAAGCAGCCUGCAAGAGGUCGCGGCGCAGGCGGGGUCGGAGCGUGUGAUUCUCAGCGUGGCCCAGAUGGGCCCUACCUCGGAGUUCGCUUUGAGCUCGGAGGUCGCAGGAAACUCCAUUGUGAGUCUGACAUUCCGCACCGAGACGGGCGAGCCCAUUCAAGUGUCGGGAUUGACUGCGCCUGUGGAGUUUCUGCUUCCAGCCAGCGACAAUGACGUCUGCUUGUAUUGGGAUGAAGAUCUGCUUGAGUGGUCGGACAAGGAUAUAGAAACCGCUCCCAAUGGCACUGCACCGAUUGGCUUCGCCCUCUGCAGAUCAAGACACUUCUCAAUUUUCGGCACUGGGUCACCUCCCCCCACCACUACCUCUACCAGCACAAGUGCUCCUACGACUACAACGCAGGCGGUGGCGACGAGUACAAGUGCACCUGCGACUACAACGCCGUCGGUGGCGACAAGUACAAGUGCACCUGCGAGUACAACACAGGCGGUGGCGACAAGUACAAGUGCACCUGCGAGUACAACGCAGGCGGUGGCGACAAGUACAAGUGCACCUGCGACUACAACGCAGUCGGUGGCGACUAGCACAAGUGCUCCUGCGACUACAACGCAGGCGGCGGCGACGAGUACAAGUGCUCCUGCCACAACAACGCAGGCGGUGACGACCCAAGCACCGGGAACCACGACCGCAGCAGACAUCCGCACCACGAGUGCUGCCCAGGAGUACCCGAAGCGUCGUAGGCCUCACAGUCACAGGCACCAUCAUUGGAGGCACAAGAGGCGAGCAGAGUACUCAAACCGCGGAUACGGGCGUCCGCAGACCACCCACCGGUAUUACUCGUACUACAAGUAG